UGUCCUCUCCCCCCCGUGACGCGCGUGGCAGCGCCCCGCCCCGGCGACGUCAGCGCGGGGCUCACCGGCGAGCCCCGGGCCGGGCGCUACCACUCCGCGGGGCGGGGAGGGGAGGACGAGCGUCGCCGGUGCCGCCGGUGCCAUGUACCAGGGCCCCGCGCGCUGCCUCUGCCCGCUGCUGCGCCGCGCCGCCACCGCCCCGCCGCCGCCCCGCGCAGGGUGUCCCAUGGGAAGCGGCGGCAGCCGGCUCUACAGCGCGCUGGCCAGGACGCUGAGCAGCGGCGGCGGCAGCGCCGUGCCCCAGCACCGGGAGUGCCCGGGGCAGCCCGAGGCGGCCCCGCCGGACCCCAUAGACCCGCAGGAGCUGCUGGAGGAGUGCCAGGUGGUGCUGCGGAAGCGGCCGCCCCGCUGCCACAGGGACUUCGUGGACCUGAGGAAGAACGCGGCCGGCGGCCCCCGGCCCAUCCGCGUCAUGCAGUGGAACAUCCUCGCCCAAGCCCUGGGAGAAGGCAAAGACAACUUUGUUCAGUGCCCCAUGGAAGCCCUGAAGUGGGAGGAGAGGAAGUGCCUCAUCCUGGAGGAAAUCCUUGCGUACAAGCCCGAUAUCUUGUGCCUGCAAGAGGUCGACCACUACUUCGACACCUUUGAGCCACUCCUCAGCCGACUGGGCUACCAGUGCACCUUCUUCCCGAAGCCGUGGUCGCCGUGCCUGGACGUGGAGCAGAACAACGGGCCGGACGGCUGCGCCUUGUUCUUCCUCAAAGACCGCUUUGAGCUCAUCAACAGCGCCAACAUCCGGCUCACCGCCAUGAAGCUGAAGACCAACCAAGUGGCCAUCGCCCAGACGCUGAAGUGCCACGAGACUGGCAGGCUGUUCUGCAUCGCCGUCACCCACCUGAAAGCCCGCACGGGCUGGGAGAGGUUUCGCUCGGCGCAAGGCUGCGACCUCCUCCAGAACCUGAAGAGCAUCACCCAGGGCGCAAAGAUCCCUCUGAUCAUCUGUGGAGACUUCAACGCGGAGCCGACCGAGGAGGUCUACAGAGAGUUUUCCAACUCCAGCCUCAACUUGAACAGCGCGUACAAGCUGCUGAGCCCCGACGGGCAGUCGGAGCCUCCGUACACCACCUGGAAGAUCCGGCCCUCAGGAGAGUGCCGGCACACGCUGGAUUAUAUCUGGUAUUCCCAGCACGCCUUGAAUGUGAACUCAGCCCUGGGCUUGCUGACUGAAGAGCAAAUUGGGCCCAACAGGCUGCCCUCGUUCAAUUACCCUUCAGAUCACCUGUCCCUGGUGUGUGACUUUAGUUUUAACCAAGACCCUGACAGACUCCUAUAACUUGUUGGAAUGCCACCCGGUAUUGCAGUGUCUUAAUUCACUAUUGUUUUAUUUUACUGAGAACUUUGGAAGCUGUUAAGGAUGAGGAAGUACUGUUGACUAAACAUUCUCUCAGGCACUUGUUUGGAAUUCCGCUUGCCCUUCAGAGCUCAUUCAUCUGUAGCCUCUGAGGGAGGAAGAAAGGAGUCGGUGUUCUCGGUGGUGGUGGUCUUGCUGUAUUAGGGUUUGAAAACUGGAAGGGAAACAAGCUUUAUCCUUUCACUAACCCCUGUGUCUAAGGAUGUAAUCCUCUAAUGAAUGCAGAGGCCUGAGUAUUUAAAUUAAAACACUUGUGUAUGUAGAACAACUUGCCCUGACAGCAUGCUAAUUUUGUUUAUGUUAGGCUUGUGCCAGUACCAAAGGGAACAAGGCUCGACUUCCCAGUCAGAUUCUCUGUUGCAGUACAAAGGAAGGUUAAUGCAGUUCAGACACGAACAAAUCUGAGAGUGUAUUAGUGCAGUCUUCUGAUUUUUACAUGACUUAAGACUGUGAAUAGAUGAUAGCACAGUGUAAGGGAGGCCCCCUCCAGUAGGAGCAAGUGAGGAAGCAGAGGCUAACUGCUGUGUGUCACACAGUAACAGCCUCACCUCUCCAAAGGAGCAUGCACGUGUCCAUUACACACAGAGGGCCUGUAGCUAAACACAGUAACUGGCAGCUUUCUCCCUUCGGUACUUCCCUCCAGAGGGCAUGCCUAACCACAGAGUAUUCUCGUCUGCUUCAAGCAUUACUUUUUUAAAUGGUUUAAAGUUGUAGUCUCGUCAUCUUUGCAGUUUCAGUAAAGGGCCAGCCUUUGUGUUGAAAGACUUCUUUUAUUUAUCUUCAGAAUCUAAAGCUACACUGGAACCUCAUUAGAAGAUAAAACAUAUUUAUUGAGGGAAUGUGGUGAUCCUGUGCCUGACUUGAAAUCAGACAGUGGCAGCGUUCAGGAGCACGUGCAGGUCCUCUUUCUGUGGCCCAGGGAACCUAGCUCAGUGCCCAGACCAUGACAGAGGUGAGGUUGUGUGGUAACUCCUGUGCGUGGAGUGGUGCUCAGUGGUAUGAUGUGGGUAUUGCGUAUAUGGAUUGCAAACAUGCCUCUGUGCCAGAAAAGGGCAGAAAAGGUAAAAGAGAGACCAAUAGCUGGAGUUGGGCUGACGUUUAGAUAGUUUGGAGAGACUAGGCAGAACAAAUAAAGCGGUACUUCCAUGUAAAGUAAAUCCCACAGUGACUUAAAUGUUCUGGGUGUUUAUUAAUAAAAGUCCAUGGGGAAAAAAAAA